GCAAAACUUCACGCAAGAGCGGCGUGUUUCCCAUAUUUACGAAAAACUAAAUAGAAAUUACCGGAAUAAUGGAUGACGAGGCGGAAACUUACAAGCUCUGGCGUAUACGCAAGACGAUCAUGCAACUGAGCCACGACCGUGGUUACCUUGUGACCCAGGAUGAAUUGGACCAGACUUUGGAACAGUUUAAAGAAAUGUUUGGCGACAAGCCAAGUGACAAACGUCCAUCGCGGUCCGACCUAAUCGUGUUGGUGGCCCACAAUGACGAUCCCACUGACCAGAUGUUUGUAUUCUUCCCCGAGGAACCCAAGAUUGGCAUCAAGACUAUCAAAACAUACUGCACCCGCAUGCAAGAGGAGAACAUCCACAGGGCCAUCGUCGUCGUGCAGGGCGGCAUGACGCCCUCUGCUAAGCAAUCGCUAGUGGAUAUGGCCCCUAAGUAUAUUCUAGAACAGUUUCUGGAGUCUGAGUUGCUGAUCAAUAUAACGGAGCAUGAGCUGGUACCGGAGCAUGUGGUAAUGACAGCAGAAGACAAACAAGAACUUCUCAGCAGAUAUAAACUAAAGGAGAAUAUGUUGAUGCGCAUACAGGCGGGUGACCCCGUGGCCCGCUACUUCGGCCUGAAGCGCGGCCAAGUUGUGAAAAUUAUACGUUCGUCUGAGACAGCGGGCAGAUAUAUAUCGUAUAGAUUAGUAUGCUGAGUGGCUUUCGGUAAU